AUGGGGAAACGAUCGAUUCGGAUACAAGAGGAGGCCUCACCUUUAAUGGAGAUUAUCGGGGAUCUUAUUGAGAAGUUUGUGGGAAACGUUCGCCGCGGCAAGUUGGGGCCGCGUGAUGGUAAAAGCUUUUCGAUGACGGCAGCCAGCGGCUCGGUGCAGCUUAUGCACGAAAUUAUUACAGAAUUUAAAAACCAUCUGGAAAAGAAAGGCACUACAGGGACUCACUCCCACUCCUGUGAGAUUAUAACCUCUAGGGACGUGCAUCGACUGAUAUGGCUCAUCUCAUUCACUGGUGACGCAAUGUUGCGCGCCCAAUUUGGUACGCUUCUGCUCACAAAUGUCACGCGUCGCGUGCUCUCUUUUAUUCGUACGGCUGCCGUUGAAUGUAAAGUGAGCAGUAAUGAGGUUGAUAGCUUUGAGAAGGGGGAUGCGGGUGGGUCAGACAAUGAGAAAAGUGCUUCGUUGGAUAUGCAGCGGCUGGCGACCACUAAUCGGCAGUCGAGUGGCGUGUGCUCAGUUGCAGGCGGUACAGGACGGGGGACGGGCACUACAAAUGAUUCCAAUGAGAGUUAUGAGGAAGAGGAGCAGGAAAUAUCAACCGUUGGCAUCCCUGGCAGGCAAACACUCCGCAGGGCGCCGAGUCGGCGUGAGGUGGACAGCGUGGUGCGUGAGGAAGCGGCCGUGCUCGUACACGCCCACGAUUUUUUCAACUGUGUCUUGCAACAUAUUGUAGAACUCCGUGCUGAAAUAGAGGGGAUGUGCGACGCCCUAUGCGAGCGUGCGGUAAAGCAACUGCACCCAACAGACACGGUAAUAACAACAGGUAGCAGCCAUACAACCCGUCGGUACCUCUUACAUGCUCUGUCAGCGGGAACUUCGUUUAAAGUUAUUAUUUUGGAGGGUGCACCUCUUCUGUGCGAGGCGUCCCAUAAAUUAGCAGCGGAGCUACGCUCCAAGCACGCAGAAGUGCAAGUGUUACCCGACAGCUCUGCAUUUGCGGUUAUGGGUACCUGCACAAAAGUGCUGAUCGGUGCUGAAAACGUCCUCGCAAAUGGCGGGAUUCUUGCGCCUAUUGGAACCCAUCCACUUUGUAUCGCAGCCAAGCAUUUUGCCGUUCCCGUGCUCGUAGUAACCGCAACCAUAAAAAUGACUCCAUUUUACCCCAGUGAUGCGUACUGCACAAGCCUGGUGAAAAUUUCUCGUUCUUCAGCACAAGAAAUACCGUGGAACACAUACGGGUCUCCAGGUGAUGUACUGCCAGCUCCGUACGGAGCUGAUGUUGACACGUUUGGCUCUUUUGUGGUGCACUCACCAGUGACGGAGUAUGUGCCUCCAGAGUUGAUUACGCUCUACGCAACUAACGAGUCGGAGUACACGCCGUCGCAGAUUCACCGCAUCGUUCGGGAAAACUACAGUCCUGAGGACUGA